CCACCUACCUUGUGGGCAUUCAGUCAGUUCGAGAGUUGAACGGCUUCGACAACAUCCACGGCCACGUUCACGACUGUUUCAAGAGUUCGAGAAUGACUGGGCGUCAAUGAUUUUCGGACCUGAAACGCAAGAGAUCAGUUUUCGCAUUUAAAAUUAGUUUGAAAUCACAGCGCACCUGUUCUAACCAAGACCUAUGGAGUCCCAAAAACUUUGGCGAGAAGCUCUGAGCUUCUUGUACGAUUACAAGAAAGACCAGAAUCUUGACGACCUUUAUCGAAUCGAUACCUUGAACGACAAUGACCAAGGUGUGCUUAAGCAGCAUCGAUCAUGGCGAGAUGAGGACUUGGAUGACAAUCUGGAGAGCGACUACAAGGUCUUCUAUCGUCAAUUGAUAGAAAUGAUCUUGACCCAGCAAAGGAUUACCAUCCCGCAUAAGGUGCAGGAGGUGGGCAAGUUGAAAGGCUUUCAAGAGCUCACCAAUCGAUUGCAGUAUUCGAUCAAUCAGCACUUGAUGACCGAACUCCAUAACGUGAAAAAUGAGAUGGCCAAGCUCCAAGAGGCCGUUGGAGGAUUGCAACAGUUCAAAGUCAAUGUUGAUCAAGUCAACAUGGGAUGGCAAGAACAAAUCCAAGUCAAUGUCCAGACCUUCAACGUUUUCGAAAGCCGCUUGGACGGCAUUCAAGAAUCAGUCGACAAUUUGGAGGAGCAAAAACGGGAUCAGGAGUUCCACAUUGAAAAAUUGGAGCAAGAUGUUCCAGACAUGAAACUCAAAACAAAAGAGAUCGAAGAUGCCCAACGUUUCCUCCAAGAGGCUAUGGAAGACGUGAAAAAAGGAAACGAAGAUGAAAAGAAGAAGGUCUCGAGUACAUUGAAUCAGCUCGGAGACGACUUGAAGGCCAGCAAAGAGGAGCUCAAGGUCUCCCUUGAACCUUUGAUUCGGGUGACGGAUGACGUGGAAGAUGUCAAGAAACGCAUCAAAAAGAUGGACGAAGCCCAGGCGGACUUAUUUGAUGAAAUCAAACCAGCCAAAGAAAUGGGUGAAAAAUUGGAAAAUGCAUUGGAGGAAAUCCAAGAUGAGAUCACGCACCUAAAGGAGGAUUUGAAAGUGCGAAAUGACGAUGUUGAUGACUGCCAACGAGACUUGAGGGAGGUGAAGGAAAAUUGCCACCAAACUGAAUCAGGGCUGACCGAUCUAAACAAAGACAUGGAGAGAAUCAAGGCCGACGUCGACCGAAACACGAAGAACAUUGACGAACUCCAGGGAAACAUCCAGGUUUACAUGAAUUCACGCGAUGAGUCGGACGGAAUCGCCCGAAAUGAGUUCCAAGACAAGAUAAGUGGCAUUGAAGCUAAAUUGAAAGAUCAAGAGCUCACUGUAGAUGAUUGCUCUAUGCGUAUUCAGACCAACACGGAUAAUUUGGCCCCUCUGCUCAAAUUCGAUGUCGCUCAGAAGGAAGAAGUGAACGAGAUAAAGAACAAAAUCGACAUGAUGCAAGACAAAUUGACAUCUUUGGAGGGAAACCUCAAUGCCCGAUGUACAAGCCUCCAAGCUGGUCAGGUAGAAAUGCAAAAAGUAGAAGAUGGGCAUUUUACCACCACGAGUAAAAACUUGGAUCAUCUCCGAGAGAGCCUAGUAAAGAUCAACUCGGAUUGGGAUGGGCUCCUAUUGUCUCUUCAACAACAAGACAGCAAUUUAAAAGGCGAGGCCAAAUCAUGGAAGGGUAAAAUGGCUGCUCUGGAAGACCAACUUAAGAGGGUUCAUGACGAACUGGAGAAACAUGUCAUGGAUACCAAGAAAAUGAACCAAGAAAUGCAAGGCAAUGUGCAAGACACCAAGGACAAUCUGGCAUAUCAAGCAGACAAUCUGAAUCAAGCCAAUGACCGACUCGACAAACUUCGGAGCGAUUUUGAAACGGUGAAAAAUGCUGUGGAAACAUUGCGAAAAAUCACGGAGAGUGACGUCGAAAAGCUUACCGAUCAAACCAAUGAUAACUUGGAAAAGAUCAUUGCCUUGGAAGAGAACAAUUACAACCAGCAACAACGGGUUGACGUCGUGGAGUCCCUCAAUCGUCGUGUAGAUCUCAUUAAUGAACAGAAGCAGAUGUCGGAGGCCAAGUUGAUGGAAGACCUCAAAUCAACCGAACAAUCCAAUUCGAACCGUCUGGCCGAACUCCAACAACUCCUUCAAAGCCGAAUCGUCGACCUCGAAGACCAAUGCCAAACGCUCGAGAAAGAAGUGAAGGAUCUUGAGCAACAAGUGGAAAAGCAUGACCUCUCGUUGAAGAACUUGAACGCCGACGGGGAAACCAUCAAGGACAACGUCAAGCAACAAGGCAUUGCCACGGCCAAGAACCGAUCCAGAAUUGAAGAUUGCGAAAACAAGCUCUCUGACAUGGAACAGCGUGUUGACAGCCUAAACGAUAAUGUUGAGCAUUUGGACCACGAUGUGAACCAACUCAAUGUCACGAUAACUGACUUGAAUCAACAAAACCUGGACGAGCUUCUGAAGCGAUGCGAUCAAGAACUACACAAGAUCAAGGCUCAAAGUGAAAAGAAUGAAAAACACGUUGAAAAUCUUCGAUCCCUCAACAACAAACUUCUGGAAGAGAUCCAGAUCCAAGUUGAGAAGGAGUUGAACAAGUAUUCGUCUCUGGCCGAAACGGUUCGAAGCGAGAACCAAGAUCAGCUCAAGAACAUUGAAGACCGAGUGAAGAAACUUUGCAAUUCUGUGUUGGAUCAAUGCUCUUCAGACAUUGCUGAAUUGCAGGGCAGUGACCGCCGUCUAUUGGACAAGAUUGAAGACAUGGAAAGACUCAUUGACACGAUGAAGGCUCAGUUAAUCACGUUCGAAGGACGGGAUAAUCGCGAAGAGGUUAACCAGAUCUUGGAGAAGAUUGCGAUUUUGCAAAUUGAGGUGGAGGCUGAACGAGGAAGGGUGAAUGCCACCGAGGCCAUGGUUCAAAACCUGGAGAGUAAUCACGGAGCCCUCCAAAAGUUGACUGAUAAUCUGGCAAAUCAGGGCCAUGAUUUGGACUCACAAUUGAAAAAAGUCAUGGAAGACAACUAUAAUCAGAUCCAGUCUAUUGACAACUCCCUCGCCUUGUCAUUGAACACGAUUGACGCCAAGGUUGAAGCCCAACAAGAUGACUUGUGGACAGUCCUACUUCACUUGUAUCGAAACAUUAACAUCACCACUCUGAUGGUUGAAUCGGAAGGGAAUGCGGCCAUUCAUCAACGAGGCUGCUUGGGGACCUACCGAGUGGUUGAUCUUUACAAUAACAAGCCGGUUUACAAGCAAGACGAGGGUGAUCACUUUUUGUAUUAUUCGAAUGAGCAAAAUGCUUGGCUCAUUGGAGCCAGGGUUGGACAAGAACGGGGAUGGGUGCGAAUCAAAUCUGACGGCCACGAAUUGACUCCAUUGGACCUCAAAUCUACUUGGGAGUACACCAACCAUUUGGUCCAUUCCAACGAGUCUGAAUGGCUCGAAGAUGAUCAUACCCUGACCACACGGGGCGUUCCAGACAAACAGAGCUGGCCCCCAUUCCGCAGUCUGUUGGUUUUCGCUUGCCUUGCCUUGCUCUUGGGAUGCAUUCUUAAGGCUCUAGACAAUAGCACGCAUUGCUCUCUCGACGACUGGAUUCGCCUGCGUCGAAUAGGCAUUUCCAACACGACAUAGGCUGGCAAAGCAAAACCAGAUAGAGAUUUGCUACACAUCCAAGAGCUUAUCAAAAGCCUGAGAACCCCGGGGAAAGCUGAUACCACAAAGGUCUAAAUGAGGGGCCACACGAAGGAAGUGACUGGCUUGCCAACCUUUCUUUCGUAAAUUAUUGCACCGGUUAAUAUGAGUUUUGAAAUACAUUUAUGAAUAAUCUGUGAAAA